AUGGACGUCGCCAGCAAGUUGUUUCGCCUGGAAGUGUACUCUGUAGAUGAGUCAAUGAGUGCGUGGAAGGGUAGAAAGGGGAAGUGUAUUCAUGAUGACAUCCCACACAAGGCAAAACAUGUUCGAAAGUGUGAAGGUUUGGGUGCUGAGCUGAAGGCUAUCGCCGGUGGUGACACAGGUAUCAUUUUGGACUUAGAACUCGUUGAAGGAUUCAUACGACGACGUCAGAAGCCAUACGCAGCAGAUUAUGAAGGAACUGCAGUUGUGUUGCGGCUAGCGGAGCAAUUUCGUGAAACAGGCCGUACCGUAAUUGCAGAUAGUGCAUUUGCAUCGGUGAAUACAUUUAUUCAACUUGAGGCAUGA